GUAAACACAGCCGGCCGGCCCUGCCCGCGGACCGGCCGGGGCGGGAGGGGCUCCGCGCCUGACGUGAUGGGCCCCGGCGCGGCCGCCCCCGGGCAGGAGCACGCGAGGCGCGGGGCGGGCGGUAUCCUCUCCCCCGGCCCCCGCGCCGGACCCGGGCCGGCCGCGCGGGCGGCGCUCCCCCCUCGCCGGCUGCGCGCCGCCCCCGGGGGGCGGCGGUGAAGGACCUGCCCGGCGCCCCGCUAUUUAUUCGCCCCCCACGCCCCCUUCCUCCUCCGCCCCGCUCUUUCCCGCGCCGCGGGCGGGCCAUGGCUGGCGGCGGCACGGUCGGCCCGGCGAACGAGCACUGAGGGCGCACGGAGCCCCCCUUGUCGUCGGGGCGCGGCCGCACCAUGUCGGCCGUCGCGUACGUGGACUUCGUGGCGGCGCAGUGCCUGGUCUCCAUCUCCAACCGCUCCGCUGUGCCCGAGGCGGCGCGGCUGAAGGUGCCGGGCGAGGGGGAGGCGGCCCGGGAGCUGCGAGACCCCCGCGACGCCUGGAAGGACUACUGCGCCCUGCUGGCCAUCGCCAAGAGCCUGCUGGAGCUGAACAAGUACCGGCCGCUGCCCGCCCCCUCCGUCUGCAGUGACAGCGUGGAGAGCCCCGACGAGGACGCGGGCUCCGACAGCGACGCGGCCACCGAGCAGGGUUCCAGCCCGCCCCGGAGCCCCCCGCCGGGGCCGCCCCCCCGCCUGCGCGCCUCCGGGGCCGCCCCUAAGGGGAAGCUGGCGACCGAGAAGAGGCACAAAUGCCCCUACAGCGGCUGCGGCAAGGUCUACGGCAAGUCUUCCCACCUCAAGGCGCACUACCGGGUGCACACAGGUGAGCGACCAUUCCCCUGCACGUGGCCCGACUGCCUUAAAAAGUUCUCCCGCUCUGACGAGCUCACGCGGCACUACCGCACCCACACUGGCGAGAAGCAGUUCCGCUGCCCCCUCUGCGAGAAGCGGUUCAUGCGGAGCGACCACCUGACCAAGCACGCCCGCCGCCACACUGAGUUCCAUCCCAGCAUGAUCAAGAGAUCCAAAAAGUCCAGCUCCAGCAGCUCCUUGUGAAGRCAGGGCUGGCCCUGGGAGAGGAGUGGGGAAGAGGCAGGCAGUGGCGAGGAUGCAAGGCAGUGGUGCCAGAGCACGAGCAUCCACUGCGGUGCCGGUCACCCUCGCUGUUAAAAAGCACAYGUAGCCGGCAUUAUUUAAACUAAAGUACUCAGUAUCCCCCUCCCUGUCUUCCACCUCCUGGCCCUGCACUGAGAAGAAUAGCCUGGAACAAGUGGACUGUGGGGUGAGAGGAGGGAAGGGACAGCCCGUGAGGAGGCCACCUCCUCCACGUAAAGCAUUGAUACUGGUGUACAUACAUAUGACUGGGCGGUCUGGCCUGUGCCACCACAGUAGCAUGACCCCAAAGUCUUUGUGAUUGCUGUGUCAUGAACAUGUUUUGUUGAACAGUGUAAUGCUGCUUGUAUUUAGAGUUUGUCRAGUAAAAACACUUUCCGAGUCCCAUAAAUAACUCUCAGAUUAAAGCUCCAUAGCACAUUGUAGAAGUGGGUUUACUUAUUAGUAUCUUCUGCGAUCCUGCACUUAAAGAGACUAUUAAGAGAAACAUUACAUAGGUUACCAGUAGGUGAAUUUAUACUCAAUAAGGCCCAUUAAAGUAAAUAGGUCUUUUUAAUUUUUCUUUGUAUUAACUAUACUUUUGAAUAUAAGCUGGACUUUUCCAGUAAAAACAUAUAUGAUUAAAGAAGAUACUUAAAGCAAAAAAGCCCCACAAACAGCUCAGUUGUUUUCUGACUGUGUGUGUAUUUAGGUCUGUUAUUCACUUAUGUGGAAAAAUACAAGUCAGCCUAGAUAAUGUGGCAGGCAUGUGGGAGCUGAAGCAUAUGUCUCUCAUAUGAUCCUAUAUUUGUCAAUAAUACAGUACUGUACUAUAGAAAUACCACUAACAGUGCUUUAUUCUGCUGUGGUUUGUUGAAUGGGUGCACAAAGCAGCUACCAUCUUUACAAACUGCUGCUUUUUUAAAGGCUUUUUCUUGUCCUACACUUGCCUUAAAGAUUUAUUCUCUUCAUACCAUGGCCUAACUCCCUUGGAGUCCUAUGGGAGUUGCAUGUUUAUGAAGAGAGUAGACCUUUCCUUAAGAGCACUCUGAUAAUGGAAACAACUAAAAUUAUUGUAAGGAGCACUUUGGAAGGGCUCCUGUAUCUCUUGAUUGCUCUUUCUCUGGAGUAUGGGGGAAUGCCACGAGCUAAUUUCAAAUAAAGAAGGUGUCUUGCAAUACUCCUUUAUGACAUAAGCUUCUCUUGGUACUUUGUACCUGUGUCAUGCAUGGCAUGUCAAAUGCGGAGCAGAAUGAUCACAGAAUGAAAACUUUCAGCUGUGAUCAUUAGCAAAUAUUUCAGAUUUUUUUAUGUUAAAAGCAUGAAAUGUAAGAGGUUAUCAUUAAUACAUUUUUUCCCCUCCCCAGCUGCAUAAACAGGGGAGAAUUCUGUUUACACUUUUUUUUUUUUCCAGAAACAUUCUUCUGUUUGAUUUUUACCCCUUCCUCCAGAAGAGGAAGGGGAGGUGCAGCCCUAUUACAGAGACUUAGGGCCAAAUUAAUUUUGUGAGUAUUUACACUGAAACCCAAAGUGUCUCCACUGCAGAUGAAUUUAGGUCAUCUUGUAAAAUUCUGUACAUAGAAGAUCUUGUUAGCACACCUGCAAUUACAGUAUGUUAUUGUUAUAUCUGAUAAAAAGCUUGCUUCCUAGAAACAAACAUAAAGAAUGAACUCGGAGAUUAGAGUGUUUUCCUCUACAGUUGUAUAUGGCUUCCAGCAUUAGAAAUCAGUUUGCAUACUGUGUUUUUACC